UUGGAAACUAUUCACAAAUUGGUUCAGUCGUGGCUCAGCGAAGACGAGAAAAAAUAUUUGCAUUUAACAAACACCAAAACUAUUGGCUCUUUUAUCGCAAUCGAUCAGUUGCCACACUUUCUCAAAGGGACUAACACUCAGUCGUAUCGUACGGUUCCAGUGGACGCCCCGUCAGCUCAUGAGUUGUCUAAAAGAUUAGGUCUCAAAGAAGGAAAGGCUGAAAAAUUGAGUAAACACUUUGAACAUGAAAAAAUAUUUCCAAUACUUGACUCGUAUGGAAACAGUUUGGAAAAAGUAUCCAAAAGUCUGAUUCAGGAGUUGCGGCAAAAAGCUGUGGAAAGAGUGGAAAAGAAUCCGGAAUUAUAUUACGAGAAAGACGUGGAAAAAGUGAAAUCAAACGAUUGGUUUGUCCGACGAUUUCUCCAUAAUUAUAAAUCAGAGGUUGACGUUAAUAAAGGGUUGGAAGCGUUGGAUAAAGCGCUCAAAUGGAGAAAAUCUUAU